GCACGCGUUCUCCUUGUGGGGACUCCAGGACAGAGCUGCUGCGGCCGCCUCCGCUGCCACCACUCUGAGCCGCCAGAGGACUUGGCUUGUGAAUUUAUACGGGCCGGUGGCGUUUGUCUCAACUUCAGGCCCUGUUCUGUAUCCAAGUGUGAUAGGAACCAGAAACCUAGCUGCCUUUGCUCUGGAAUCCAUGUGUUUAUUUGUCACCAUGAAGUUGCUACACCCAGCCUUCCGUAGCUGCUUCCUGCUUACUCUGCUCAGCUUAUGGACAGCUGCUCCCGAGACUCAUGCUGUGUCCACGGAGAUGCCAGCUAUCAGUGCAGACUCGUUCCUGCAGGAUCUCAUGCAUCGCUAUGGGGAGGGUGACAGCCUCACCCUGCAGCAGCUUAAGGCCCUGCUCAACCACCUGGAUGUGGGAGUGGGCUGGGACAAUGUCACCCAGUCCCUACAGGGACAGAGGAACCUGUCCAUGUGCUUCAGUUCUGGAGCCCUCUUUGCUGCCCACAACUUCAGCAACCAGUCACGGAUUGGGAGGAGGGAGUUCCAGGACUUCUGCCCUACCAUCCUCCAGCAGCUGGAUUCCCGGGCCUGCUCCUCCGAGAACCAGGAGAACGAGGAGAACGAGGAGACAGAAGAAGGGAAGCCAAGCACAGUGGAAGUGUGGGGAUACGGUCUCCUCUGUGUGACCAUCAUCUCCCUCUGCUCCCUCAUGGGGGCCAGUGUGGUACCCUUCAUGAAGAAGACCUUUUACAAGAGGCUGCUGCUCUACUUCAUAGCUCUGGCGAUUGGCACCCUCUACUCCAACGCCCUCUUCCAGCUCAUCCCUGAGGCUUUUGGUUUCAACCCUUUGGAGGAUUAUUAUGUCUCCAAGUCUGCAGUGGUGUUUGGGGGUUUCUAUCUUUUCUUUUUCACAGAGAAGAUCUUGAAAAUGCUCCUUAAGCAGAAAGACAAGCAGCAUCAUGGACAUAGCCAUUAUGCCUCUGAGACACUUCCUUCCAAGAAGGACCAGGAGGAGGGGGUGACAGAGAAGCUGCAGAAUGGGGACCUGGACCACAUGAUUCCUCAGCACUGCAGCAGUGAGCUGGAUGGCAAGGUCCCUGUGAUGGACGAGAAGGUCAUUGUGAGCUCACUGUCUGUCCAGGAUCUGCAGGCUUCCCAAAGUGCCUGUUAUUGGCUGAAAGGCAUCCGCUACUCUGAUAUUGGCACUCUGGCCUGGAUGAUCACCCUGAGUGAUGGUCUCCACAAUUUCAUCGACGGCCUGGCCAUUGGAGCCUCCUUCACUGUGUCUGUUUUCCAAGGCAUCAGCACCUCAGUGGCCAUUCUCUGUGAGGAGUUCCCACAUGAGCUGGGAGACUUCGUCAUCCUGCUCAACGCUGGCAUGAGCCUCCAGCAAGCACUCUUCUUCAACUUCCUUUCCGCCUGCUGCUGUUACGUGGGUCUGGCCUUUGGCAUCCUCGCUGGCAGCCACUUCUCUGCCAACUGGAUCUUUGCACUGGCUGGAGGAAUGUUCUUGUAUAUUUCUCUGGCUGAUAUGUUCCCUGAGAUGAAUGAAGUCUCCCUGGAGGAUGAAAGGAAGGGCAGCAUGUUGGUCCCCUUUGUCAUCCAGAACCUGGGCCUCUUGACUGGUUUUGCCAUCAUGCUGCUUCUCACCAUGUACUCGGGACAGAUCCAGAUCGGCUAGGGCCCUGAAGGAAUCAGAGCAAUUGGAAGUCGGGCCCUUGGCUGCCUGAUCCCUGACCCUUGGACUCGGCAUCCACGAAGCUCCUCGGGAGAGGCAGUCGUGUUAAAAGCUGUGACACAGACUGUAUUCCUGCACUUAAAUGUCCAGCUGUUUUUAAAAUGCUCUGUGCUAGUAAUAAGCUGCCUGGUAACAGUCUCCAGGGAGCACCUCUCUCUUUCCUCUCCCGCCUUCUAGAGUGACUCUGGAACCUAAAUGCAGCUUAGAAGACAAGUCUAAUUUUUUUUCUCUGGUUACCCUGGCCCCUUUCUCUUUGAACCAAUGCUGAGAGAUUUUGGAUCCUUUGCCUCACAGUGCAAAAAUAUAGGCAGCACUCAUAGCCUGGUUAGAAAUAUCAGGAAGUGAAUCUAUAGUUUGGGGCCCAAGAAUCUAAAUGUGUAUCCUUGGACGACCUCUUUUUAAGUGGAUUUUUUACAGAAAAGGUAUAGGAGACAAGUUCCUCCUAUCUUUUCUGUCAGUUCAAUUGCCUAUUUUCUCAGAGAACAGAAGAGUCUGGCCGGAUCAUCUUGAGUGUGAGGGAAGGUAGAAGUCAUGGUGUGACCUGUCCUGACAGUUGCUGGUGCCGGCUGGGAUGUUGGGUGUUGAUUUUGUGGCUUCAUCUGGGGGCCAUCCAGGAGAGUUGGUGCUUAGGGCAGUUGCCUGGACCUCCCCUUCUUCCAGAAUAACCCUAACAAUGGAAAGCCGAGAAGGGGGCCCUGCGAACAAUCGACUGGUUUUGCCGUGAUUUCCACCUGCCAUUCCCCACUACCUUCCUCUGAGACUUUUCAGCUGCCUCCCUAGAAGCACAUUUUGAGCACAUUCAUGAUGCUGGUUUUAGAGGGGAGAUUGCACACAUUUUCCUCCCCUGGCCAACACAUCUGCUGAAAAGUGGCAAGUUGACUUGUGGAAUCAGAGUGCAGCUUUUGCUCUUUUGGACAAGGGUACCAGAAGGGGAUCAGUGCAGACACCAUUUAGGAUUUGCUCAUUGCAGGAAUAAUAGAACUCUGAGACCUAAGGUCCAGAACUUGGUUGGGCUCUGCAGAUGUGUGCAGAACAGAGGACCUACUGAAUACACUGUGAAUGGGUUUUAAACAGCACUGUCUAGGUUACCCUUCUUAACCCAAAACAUGAACAGACAAUUCCUGUACUGAUACUGCUCUCUCUUCAGCAAAUGGAUUGAUAGGCUUGUCUGUGAGACUGUAGACCAGCUCAGGCACUGUGGAGCCCUCCUCUCAGAACUCUGGCUUCAAGGGGAGCUAGCUAAUCUCCAGGUUCACUAGGUGAAUUGAUUUAUUAUUAUCAUAUUGAUAAUGUGAGAUUCCUUAGCCACUUUGGGGAGCCAGUCUCUCCAGAAGCCUUUCUCAGUGGUGCCCACAGCUGCAGCCCAGGGAUCGUGUUAGAAACUGAUUGGUGUGCAUGACUGACGAGUGCUGGUUCAUUGCCAACACCUGUGAGUUUUUCUCUUCUUACACAGAAAAACUUUUCACUGUACAGAAAUUAAAAACAGCCUCUAUUUUGUUUUGUUUUGUUUUUUCUUGGGAAACACCCCUCAAACCAGGAAUAUUCUUAAAAAACAUGAGCAGGAAAACUGCUUUGUGAGUUUUUCUCCUUUUCUUGCCUGUUAACUUUGGUAGAUUUGAGAAUGGACUGAGGAAGAAAACAAUUAUCAAGAUUCUAGAUUAAAUAUCAGGACUGUCUCCUGAUAGGAUUAUGGUCCAGUUGUACCAAAGAACCAAUUCCUUGAAUGUUGGAAUCUAACUUUAUAUUGUAUUAUCAUUGUUACUGUUACUGAUUCUUUGUAUUUUCUGUUUUAUUUUUCUCAAGUUGCUUUCAUGAGCUAGCAGAAAAUGACACUCAAACUUCAACACUUUAGAAGAUUUUGUUUUCCUUAACUCACAUUAAUGUAUUAAAUUUAUAAUUGUAGCAUUCCCUAUAGAUCAUUCCUUACAAAUACCAUUAUUCUUGAAGUGAAGUACUAAGUUAGGAUUAGUGGGUUUCUAGUUUUAGAAAAGUUCAAAAAUAUACUCUUCAACAAAUUAGAAAAAAAAUUUGAAGUAGGGUGCUUUCCCUUUCUGUGCACAUAUGUAUUAAGAACCUUCUUUUCAUAGAUAGCUGCUUCAAGGGAAAUUCUCUUCAGACUGUAGUUAGUCCAGGGGCCAGUCCUGGCUGGAGCUUAGGAAGGGAGAAAACACUCAAAUCCUGCAAUUGUUUGUUGCCAUCAGCAACAGACUUGCCUCAUGAGUUGAAGAUGUGGCAAUUUCUUUUGGAAUUUUAAGUGUUGAAUUUGCUGUUUUAAAAGCAUUUGUAUAUAUUAGAAGCCUGAGGGUAGUGAAUUUUGAGGGCUUUUGCACCCCUGGCAUUGAGCAUCUUUGACCUCUUUGUCCCCAGAUGGACCAGCUCCUAUUAACAGGAGCAAGCAAAGUCUAUGUCAUGUGCAGGAGCAGUGAACCGGGAGUAGGUGUUCUGCUGCUUCUCACCCUCACCCUGCCAUGCAGGUUACCUUCUGUCUUUUGCCUCCAAAGGCCUUUGUGUCUAGUGUCAGCUUGGGGCUUUUUUCCUUCAUUAGUCAUUCACCCUGGGUUUUAAAAAAGGAAGCUUUUUUGGUUGGGUAUCCUAAGACCUAUUUUUAGUAAGUCUUCUUCCAAAGAGAUGGUAGUAUGCUGAAAAUCUGCUUAAAAAUGAAAAGCUGUUUGAUUUUUGCGAGAGGUUUUUAUUGUUCAUAUUUCCUUUUACAGUUCUGCAGUUCCAUCACAGUAUUUUUAAAAAUAACUCAGGAGUUAUGA